GUUCACAACGAUGGCUGAGUGCGAGCCGCUGAGCGUGGAGGGGGACUGGGACCCGGCCCCCCAGGACCCCGGGGCCCGGGACAGGACCCUCAGGAACAAGCUGCAGCUCUACUUCCAGAGCAGGAAGAAGUCCAGCGGGGGGGACUGCCGGGUGGAGCUGGAGGAGGGCGCCGCCGCGGCCAAAGUCUUCUUCCGAUCCCCGGAGGUGAGGGAGCAAGUCCUCGCCAGGAAGGAUCACCAGAUCGUCCUGGACAAGCGGACCGUCUCGCUGCGCCUGAGCUCCUCCCCGAAACCCCCCAGCAGAGACGCUGAUUCAGCAGAUCCCAAACCGCCGGAGCCAGAAGAAGAUGUUGGAGCUGCUGCACCGGAACCAGGCGACUCUGAGCGCGCUCAGAGCGCCGCGGUGGUGCUGGACAACGUCCCGGUGGACAUGACCAGAGACCUGCUGAUGAUGCUGGUGGAGAACGUGUCCGGGGUGGAGGAGGACCGCUACAGCCUGGAGGUCCUCCGGGAGUCCGGCAGAGCCGUGGUGGUCUUCCUGGGGCCCCAAGGUCAGCCCCAAGGUCAGCCCCAAGGUCAGCCCCAAGGUCAGCCCCAAGAUGCAGAGAAGUUCGUGGCUCUGAGUCAAACCAACUCAAAGAUGCAGAAACAAGGACUGAGGGCUCGAGUGUUGGAGGCUGCGAAGAGCGUCCGGGUGGAGAGUCUUCCUCCUACGGUGGUUAAAGACAUGCUGGAGAUGUGGUUCGAGAAGACCUGGGUCCUCCCGGACGACGUUGUCAUGAUUCCAGAGGAACAGGCCGCCAUCGUCACCUUCAGUGACCCCCAAGUUGUGCAGAGAAUCAGCCUGCAGGAAGACCACGCCAUGCGCUCCAUCCCCGUCAAGCUGUUUCCCUACUACGAGUCCCUGGGAACCCGCCUGUACGGCCCCGAGCGGCCCGACUGGAGGAUGCCGGAACCCUUCACCGAGCGCGUGGACCCGGUGGUCUGGAAGUUCCUCCUGCAGAAGAACCUGCUGCAGAGCAUCAGCGAACAGAUGCAUCAACACUUCUGCAGCGUGGAUCUGGACGCCCCCGCGGCGAGGCUCUGCCCCCUGCCCGGCCUGCUGAGGCAGAAAGGCCUGACGGCCGAGGUCCUGGAGGGCUGGAGGCCGGCUACCCAGAAGGCCUUCUGCCAGCUGCUGUCCCAGUACUCCGCCUUCGAGUGCGUGGCCAACGCCGAGGCGUGGGACGCUGCAGAGAAGGAGGUCCGCCUGGUGGUGAAGGACGAGGCCGUCCUGGUCUUCGACGCCUCCAGAGGGGUCCUGACUGUCGCCAGCCGAGCCGACAGCGUGAGGGCGGUCCGAGCUCCGGUGGAGACCAUCGUCAUCAAAGCCAUGACUACCAUCGAGCGGAGGACGAAGAGCGUGACAGAGGGGACGGCUCUGUCCCCGGCGCAGGUCUUAAUGCUGCAGCAGGAGGGGCUGGAUGGAGCCGCCAGGGACAUCUCCCCCGAGCUGAAGCUCUCCUACGACCAGAGCAGCCAGGUGCUCAGCAUCACUGGACUUCCUGCAGAGGUCUACCAAACCAAGCUAUGGGUCAUGGAGAAGAACAUGAGCAUGAAGAGGAAAGAGCUGAGGCUCCCGCCGGGCCUGCAGGGAUACCUCCAGACGGUGGACCCAACGGAAAUGUCCAAGCAGCUGUUCACCUCUCAGGGCAUCAGCGCCAUGUACUUCCUGGAGAAGAACCUGAUCUUCCUGCUGGGGAGCUCCAGCCAGGCGCUGGCCGACGCCGAGAGAAGGAUGAGCGCAGACCUGUCCGUGGAGGACCUGGAUGUGGAGGACCAGGAGGUGAUGCGGCUCCAGACCUGGGCGGCGCUGAACCAGCAGCUGCUGGACGCCUACAACAGCUCCAGCAGGAAGACGGUGGCCAUCGUCGUCCGUCCGGAGAGGAGACUCACGGUGACGGUGGCCGGCUUCCUGAACCCGGUCAAGGAGGUCAGCCGCAGCCUGAAGGACUUCAUCUGGAAGAACUCCCGGGUUCAGGAAACCAUCCGGGUCAAGUCCGGCGCCUUUAUCCUCUUCCUCCAGAAGAAGAAGUUGCAGAUGUGUUUGAGUAUUGAAAAGGACAACAACGUGUCCGUGUACUUGGAUCCGGAGAGACCCAGGAUCACCGUCGGUGGGGCUCGGGUGCAGGUCCAGAGCGCCAAGUCCAGCCUCCAGCAGCUCCUGGAGGGCCUGUCCGCCGACACCCUGACCGUGGACAAGCCGGGGGCCAAGAAGUACUUCCAGUCCCAGGGAAUAAUGCUGCUGCUGAGCGUCAUGACGGACUUCAGCGUCACGGUGGUGCUGCAGCCGGAGGAGGACGAGGAGGAUGAGGAGGAUGAGGCCUGCUACUGCCGGGUGAAUACCAACAGGGGGGUCCUGGUCUCCGUCAGCAGGGCCGACAUCUGCCGGUCCCGAGUCGACGCCGUGGUCAACGCCGCCAACGAGGACCUGCAGCACUACGGCGGCGUGGCCAAUGCGCUGCUCCGAGCCGCCCGGCCUUAGCUGCAGAAGGCCAGUGAUGACUACAUCGCCACCCACGGGAAGCUCAGCACCGGUGACGCCGUGGUGACCGGCGCCUACCAGCUGCCCUGCAGCCACGUGGUCCACGCCGUCGGCCCGCGCUUCUCCGACCAGCGACCGGAUGCCUGCGUCCGGCAGCUGAGGGCGGCGGUCAGCGCCAGCCUGAGGCAGGCAGAGGCGGUUGGGUGUCGCAGCAUCGCCCUGCCGGCCAUCAGCUCCGGCGUCUUCGGGUUCCCGGUCCAGCUGUGCGCGGAGACCAUCGCCCGGGCCGUGCGGGAGUUCUGUGACGGCCCGGACGGGCCGGGACCGCUGACCCAGAUCCACCUGGUCGACAACAGGGACGACACCGUCAGAGUCAUGGCCGCCGCCGUCAACGGAGAGUUCAGGGACCUCGGGCCGACCUUGACCAUCCCUACGGAGACGGGGGGGAGGAGCGCCAGGGCUUCUGGAUCCCAGCGAGGUCGAGGGAAGGGUCGCGGCCAGAGCUUCCCCAGAAGAGGACGAGGAGGAGGAAGAGGAGGAGGAGAAAGGGGAGGAGGAGGAAGAGGAGGAGGAGAAAGAGGAGGAGGAGGAAGAGGUGGAAGAGUUUGGGGAGGCCCUAGCAGCUCUGCGGGAAACUCCAGACAUGGAGAAUACGGAGGGCCACGGAGGACCGAGCAGAGCACCGUUAACGGACUGAAGAUCGGGCUCUGUCAGGGGAACAUCCAGGACCAGACGACGGAUGUCAUCAUCAACACCAUCGCAGAGAACCUUAACUUGAACCAGGGGGCCAUCUCCAAAGCCAUUCUGGGGGCGGCAGGUCCCGGCCUGCAGGACGCCGUCUACACCACCGCCGGCGUGGUGUCGCUGCCGCCCGGCAACAUCGUCAUCACCGACGCACACGGCCUCAGAUCUCGGAAAGUCUUCCAUGCCGUGUGUCCUUUCUGGGACAACGGAGGCGGCCAGGCGGAGAAGGAGUUGACGUCCAUCAUCACUUCCUGUCUGAAGGAUGCUGAGAAGAUGCACAUGGCCUCCCUGUCGUUCCCAGCCCUCGGUACCGGGAACCUAGGCUUCCCCAGAGACCUGGUGGUCCGAGUCUUGCUGAGGGAGAUCCACUCAUUCAGCCGCUGGAGGAGUCCCCAGCACCUGAGACGGGUGGAGGUGGUGGUGCACCCCAGCGACACCAGCACCGUGGACUGUUUCACCAGAGAGUUCUCUGGUCAGACGAGUCCCAACGCCCAACAGGAAGUCCUGGAUGUCAACAGGUCUGCGACUGGGCAGCCGCCCGGACGGGUACAACAAUCCUCUGCAUCCUUCAGCCAGGUGUCGUCCCCCACCCUCGGGGUCUACCGCAUGCAGAUGGGUCAGCUGACCCUCGAGGUGUCAUCAGGAGAUAUUACCAAGGAGGCCUGUGAUGUCAUCAUCAACUCCUCCAAUCCAACAUUUGAUCUUCAAUCAGGAGUGUCCAAGGCGAUUCUCAGCGGCGCCGGAAUCACGGUCCAGGCGGAGUGUUUGCAGAUCGUGAACGCGCCGGGGUUCGUUCAUCAUUCCAUGAUCACCACAACCGGUGGUCAGCUGCCCUGCAAGAACAUCAUCCACAUCGUCGGCCAGAAGGAUCCAGGGAAGAUCAGAGAGGUGGUUUACGCCGUGCUGAAGCUCUGCGAGGACAACAGGUUCACCUCAGUCGCCCUCCCAGCGUUGGGAACAGGUCAGGGGGGCGCCGCCCCCGACGCCGUGGCCGACGCCAUGCUGGACGCCGUGGUGGACUUCGUCAGGAAGAAGAGUCCCAGGUUCGUGGGCAGCGUGAAGAUCCUGGUCUUCCAGACGGUCAUGAUGACGGAGUUCCACAACAGCAUGAAGAAGAAACAGGGGCAGGGAGUGGAGGAGAAGGGCUUCCUGGGAAAGAUUAUAGACUCUGUCAGCUCGUUUUUUGGACGUGGGCCGGAUCAGUCCAGUACCAGAGACUUGGUUCUGGAGCGGGAGGAGUUUGAGCCUGCGGUGUUUCAGCUGUGUGGCGACAACCCAAAGGCCGUCAGUCUGGCGAAGAAGAGGAUCAAAGACCUGAUCGUGUCGGAGCAGGACUCCAGGAGCAUCUCAGACCAGUACCUGCACCAGCUUUCCCAGGAGGACCUGGACGAGCUGCAUGCCCUGCAGAGGAAGCUGACGGUCAGCAUCCACCUGGACCGGGGCAGGGACGACCAGGAACCUCGGAUCCACCUGGAGGGUCUGACCAGGGACGUGAUGACAGCCGAGUCCACUGUCAGGGACAUCAUCCGGAAGGUGGAGAGGAAGGAGAACCUGUACCAGAACGCCAGGCGGGUCAGUUCCCAGGUGGAGUGGAAGUUCCAGGACCCCAGCGGCACCAUGGUGACCUUUGACCCCCUCACCAACCUGAAGCUGGAGGAAGCUCUGGAGAAGAAAACCAGCGUGAGGAUCCAGAUCCUGAACCAGGAGUUCAGCGCCGACCCGGAAUUCAGGAAAGCAGUUUCAGCUAAUGGCCGGAAGAAGAUGGAGCUGCUCAGGAAAGACCUGAGAGGAGGUGCCGGUGCUCUGCCCCCCCACUGGGACGACAUGAAGGGGAACAUCUGUAAACUGGUUCCGCUGGCGGCGGGAGGUCCGGAGUACAACGACGUGACGGCGGAGCUCACCAAGGGGGGCCUCACUGCCAACAUCAUCAGCAUCGAGCGGGUCCAGAACACCACGCUGUGGGAGAGCUACCGGGUCCUGAAGAGAGACAUGGAGACCAAGAACCAGCACCAGAACAACGAGAAGGUUCUGUUCCACGGAACCGGAGCCGACUCAGUGGACCUGAUCAACAGCAAGGGAUUCAACCGGAGCUACGCAGGCAAACACGGUGCCAUGUUUGGUAACGGCUCCUACUUCGCGGUGAGCGCCGCCUACUCCGCCGGCUCCUACGCCAGACCGGACCCGCAGGGACACAAGCGGCUCUACAAGGCCCGGGUUCUGGUGGGGGACUUCACUACGGGGAAACAGGGCCUCAUCACUCCCCCGGCCCGGUCCGGGAACCUGGCUGACCUGUACGACAGCGUGGUGGACCGGGUCAACGCCCCCACCAUGUUCGUGAUCUUCAACGACUUCCAGGCCUAUCCAGAGUACCUGGUCACCUUCACCUGACCGGGUCAGAACCAGCACCACCUGGUCACCUUCACCUGACCGGGUCAGAACCAGAACCAACCUGGUCACCCUCACCUGACCCGCUGGAUUAGAACUAGGCUGGGUCAGAACCAACCUGGUUCUGGGUUAGGCUUACGCCGGGCCACUCCUCCAGAACCAGGGUGGUUCUGAAGGUUCUGACCCGGCGGGUCACUCCUCCAGAACCAGGUUGAUUCACACCUACUCGGUUUGGUCGGGUCGGUCCUGGAUCCAACAUGGCGGCUCCUCAGGUUCUGGAGCUGCUCGGACCCGUAGAAGUUCCCAUCAGCCCCGGCAGCCACACAAGUCAGGGGCUGCAGAUGAUUCAUGGCUCCUCCCACCUCCCUGACUCCUCCCA